CGGACUGGGAAUGGCGGACCCCUCGACCAUGCACGGUUGUCUGGUAUGCAGCGUUCCCGACACCCUCGCUAACCCCCCUUGCCGAAAGGAUGGCGGGCGUAUGGCAGGUCACGUGCCUUCUUGAAUGUCUCGGACCACGUGCAAGUGUUUCUGUGUGGUGGUCAUUGCUGUUCUCCUGCCCGUUUUUGUUUUGCAUUUGCCACCGGCAGGUAAAUCUGGUGCGCCGACCUCUGCUCAAAAUAAACGGUACGGCAGGUUUAAGACUUACAACUACAAACCGUGGGCUCUUGACUGGGUAGGCGGUUUGCAUAAACCGGGGUGUGGGGCUGUUAUCUUCUUGCGCGAUGACAAUGGCGCCACUUGGUACUGUUGUGGGGGUGUGGAGAAAUCCGAGGCGGGCAGGAAGACCUACGAAGGGAGGACGUUCAGGACCUUCUUCCUCACGUCCGUCUUCGACAGCGCCGGGACGGACUGGGUCAAGGAAGACAAGAAGGUCUCCCUUGACCUGCGUCUCUUCCAAGGAUACGGCGUCAAGGCUUUCUCCAUGAAAGCAUUUGACGUGCGUAGGGACGGAACUGAAUUCCGAAUGCUUUCUCCGGAAGAGUUUCUCAGCAAAACAAACGCCAACCGCGUCACUGGCGGCCUUCCUGUCGUCGACAGUUCUUUUCGGACGAGCAAACCUUUGGUCCAAUUCAACAGUCCGAUGGACCUGCUGCCAGGUUCAAGCGAGGCAACGGAGUUUGAUGACAGGCUUCUGCACCAGCGCAAUGUUGGCCGUGAAAAUUCCCUAGGCAGUGCGGUUGCCCUGGACGAGGACAACGACGAGGACGACGAAGGAGGAAGUGCCGACACGCAUGACGACGGCGGUAAUGAAGCAGAUGUGGAAGUUGGCGAUGACAACAUGGAGGACCGGGGCGCGCUUGCUGACGAGGACGCCGACACGCCAAUGCAUGGUCAUGACAUCUCCCCCGUCGGCGCUGUGGGAGCCGCUAUUGGUCAGCCCUCGACGUCCAGUGGAAUUUCGCUAUCGCAAAGCAGGAGUAAGGGUGGGCACGACUCACAUGCAAUGGAAGGACCGAAGGCGAGGAAAAGGACAAGGGAGACUACUCCGUCUGCUUCUACUCACAAGAGGCAAGCCAGGACUGAUGCUGUUAAUGAGGCUUGUGGAGCUUUGACAGCAUCCCAGGAAGCGCGGCCUCCUCGGAAAAACAGCCAAGGGGGGCGAUCUGGGGGUCAAGGCGGUGGCCGUGGGGGCGGUGGCCGUGGAGGGGCGCGGAAAGGCUCCCAGAGGGUGAGACCACAAGAGCUGCGGGACUCGGGGGAUGAGGGCGAGGGAGUGGAUCCUCGCAUGCCCGAAGAUGUUGAUGAGCCGGUUCAGCGCAUCGCGGCCAUCGACACGACGCGUUGUUUCUUCCUCGAGUACGACGACCAAGGCUUUGCUACGCAAGACGUCCAUGCUCUUCACGUGGACGUCAUGAGAAUCAAAUGCAUUCCCCGCGGAAGGAUUCUUUUCAACCACCGCUCGUUGUCUGAAAACAUUGUGCGAGGCAUCGAGAAUGUCAUCGAAAGCUCCAUCAGCAUGGACCCGGGGGCGUGGCAUAGGCCCGAGCUCGUGCUUGCGCCAGUUGACCGCAAUGGCAUUGUCGGCAGCCAGGGAAGACGGAUCACGCCGACCGAAUUCUUGGAAAGGGACCCGGCAGAGUUCGAGUGGUACACUAUCUGUGGUCAGCAUAUCGUUGAGGCCAUGAAGAGAUUGGUCAAAAAGGGCUCCCCGACAGUUAAAGUUUAUGGCCUCAACGUGUACUCUAAGGUGCGGGUUGUCUAUUUUGGAGAUGAUCAAACAGGAGGGUAUUUCAAUGUCUCCUGCUUCGACAACACACGCGAAAAUCGCUCCAUGAUGUUGUCAUUCGAGGACGUUGUCCGUGACAUCAGGCAAUGGUGGAUAGACAACAAUAGAAUCGAGGCCCCGAAGGCCAAGGUCAGCGAAGAGGAUGAGGUGGCCGUUGCACAUCAGAAGACGUGGCAAAACUUCUUGAGGGCCUGCAUGGGGAAGGCAUGCGACAAGGCGUUUGUAAAGCAAGCUCUCGAUAAUAAGUACAGUAAGGAUUGGAGUAAUAAACUCCGGGGCUACAUGAACCUCGCCACAUCCAGUGUCGCAGUGUGGCCGUUGGUCGAGAGGUUCUUCGAGAUGUUCAACGAAGGAAAGCUGCCAGUUGGCGAUGACAAAAUCCCGCUUGACAUGCCCGGGAGGAUGGAAGGCCGCCUGCCAGAGUGCCUCCUCGACAUCAUGCGAAAGGAGCGGUACAUGGUGCGUAUGUUCAAUUAUGUUCUGUUCCGCGCCGAGGGAAGGGCGGACGACGAACGGAACGACGCGUUCUUCAUGUCGUACAAGGACCUUGAAGACAGGUAUGGGCCAAACGGUCUCUGCACUGCUGAAUGGGAGAAGGAACGAGACAAGUUACAUGUCAAUAAGGUGAAGAUGGUCCCUCGACGACUUGGAGGAGUGGAGGAGGCAAGUCAAGGUGCGGGCUUGGGGCCUACGACGACAAUGUAUAAGGAGGCUCCGUUUCACCCUAAGGUCUUCAUAUACACUACAAUCGAUAAGCUCGAUUUGCUUCGCGCCGAGAUGAAACGGAUCGCCUCCAGCACGCGUCAUAUUGUGUGGGACAAGAUUGGCAAACAAACGACGUUGCUACCUAUGUGCAUGCUAUCGAAGGAAGUGUUGGCAGCGCCACACGACAUCGUCGCUGCAGCGCAAAAAAUGACAUGCAGGGCCACCAUCGUGGACAUCCCAUCCUCGACAUUCAGCACGGCGUGGACCUCUCACGAAUUUGAUGCCUUGCACACAUUGAUGACCAAGUGUUGUGGCCAGAAUUGGGUCUUUUUCUUCUUUGCGCCGCAGAAGGUGCAAAGCGAUGUUCUGCGUCACUUGCUCCGCUGGGAGGACGUCGAAGUCAUCCCCGGGACCUGGAAACGGGUGGACAGGCCACCGAACGACAUCACACGAUAUGACAAUAUGGCUACGACGAGUCGAGAUAUGAUGGUCAUUGUCCUGCACGCCGACGGAGGGGAUCUGAAAAAAGUAACUGUCAAACCCCGACUCCACAACGACCUCACAACCGUGCACGUUGUGGAGGAGAAGUUCGGGAAGUCUCAAGGAAAACACGGUGGGAUAGAGGGCGAUGAUAGUGCGGUGUAUUCCAUCUGGGAGCGAGAGCCUGAAAAGAAAGCAAAGGUGACAGAGACCCUGAAACAUUAUCACGGUGCUCUUAGUGGCGCCUUUGAGACUUUUGUUGCUCGAUGCGAGAUCCUGAAGUUCGAUCUUCAUAAAGACCAGCUGAUGUCCAAGGACUACACCGACCUCGCGAAAUCGGGUGACGGCUUUAACCCCGUCGACAGCGAGGAAGACUCUUCGGGGUCCGACCUCGAAUUGGGCGAUGGCAAAGGUGGUGAAGGUCCGGGCGGUAGCAUGGUGCGGUCACACGAUGAAGGGACCGUUCGCUCGCAUGAAAGACCCGUACAGGUGGCCGCCCACAGUGUUGGCUUGAUGGUGACCCCCAUGGAGGGCACUAGUUUGCCAAACAUAGGAAUAUGUGGUCCCAAUGAUGAAGAUGACAUUGAUAUGCCAGGCGAGGCGUCGAAGCUCGCACCAGGCGAUCCAAUUCCUCCCGGCUAUUGUGCUGAUCCCACCACAAUUUAUUUCUUGGGGGGCAAACACGCCCGCACUGAUGAGGACAAGUAGGGUCAUGACAUCGUGUGGCAUGAGGGCAUUUUUGAG